CUGUGUGUUUUUUUCUACAGUCCGAACCACACGGAGCUUUUUUUGACCCAGUUCGGUUCUGGUAUUCUGGUAUCGGGUUCUCACGGAGCCUGCCUGUUUAUUUUAAACCAUCGGAAUCGUUUCACCGAGCUGAGGCUGAAAACUGGACCCGAGCCUCCCGGUUCGAUUCUGAGGACCGUCUCCGGGCCAGGUGACUUCACGGUGGAAGGUUUUGGAAGCCAGCCGCCGGUUCUUGUUGGUUCGGACAUCAGGGACGGGCAUGUGACGUGGUGAUGUGGUGUCGGUUCGGUCGGUGUAAAGGGAGUCUGAAGUGACCGAACCUCCCGGAACAUGAUCCAGCCACAGGGUUCGGUUCUUCCCCGCGUGCUGGGCGGGGUGUUCUGCCAGUGCCGGUCCACAGAGACUCCCUCGGGACCCGGACACCCUCAGUCCGGGGACCACGAAGAUCCAUCUUGUGAUGGCGGUCCGGACCAGGAGCACCGGCUGAAGGUUCUGUUCCAGGUCCUGGACGUGAACGGGGACGGAGGGAUCUGUGUGAACGACCUGACCAUCGGACUGAAGAAACUGGGGGUCCACAGAACCGAACACGAGCUCAGGAAGAUCCUGAAGGCUGGGGACAAAGACCUGGACGGUCAGCUGGACUUUGCAGAGUUUGUCCAUUACCUCCGGGACCACGAGAAGAAGUUGAGGCUGGUCUUCAAAAGUCUGGACAAGAAGAACGAUGGCCGGAUCGAUUCGCAGGAGAUCCUGCAGUCUCUGAGGGACCUGGGGAUCAACAUCUCUGAGGAGCAGGCUGAGGAAAUCCUCAGGAGCAUGGAUAAAAACGGAACGAUGAGCAUCGACUGGGACGAGUGGAGAGAUUAUCACCUGCUGCAUCCUGCAGACAACAUCCCCGAGAUCAUCCUGCACUGGAAGCACUCCACGAUCCUGGAUGUGGGGGAAAGUCUAAUGGUUCCGGACGAGUUCACAGCAGAGGAGAGGAAAACGGGGAUGUGGUGGCGCCACCUGGUGGCUGGAGGAGGAGCUGGAGCCGCAUCUCGGACGUGCACGGCGCCGCUGGACCGGCUCAAAGUUCUAAUGCAGGUCCACGCCUCCAAAAAUAACAGCAUGAGGAUCGGUGGCGGCUUCGCUCAGAUGAUCCGGGAGGGCGGAGUCAGGUCACUGUGGAGAGGAAACGGCAUCAACGUCAUCAAGAUCGCCCCGGAGUCAGCCAUAAAGUUCAUGGCCUACGAGCAGAUCAAACGGCUGAUCGGCAGCGAGCAGGAGACACUGGGCAUCGCCGAGAGGUUUCUGUCCGGUUCUCUGGCUGGAGUCAUCGCCCAGAGCAGCAUCUACCCCAUGGAGGUUCUGAAGACCCGAUUAGCCCUGAGGAGGACGGGUCAGUACUCGGGAAUCGUGGACUGUGCUAAGCACAUGUUCCAGAAGGAGGGUGUGGCUGCGUUCUACAAAGGCUACGUACCCAACAUGCUUGGCAUCAUCCCGUACGCCGGCAUCGACCUGGCUGUCUAUGAGACUCUGAAGAACUCCUGGCUGCAGCGUUUUGCCACUGACAGCGCCGACCCGGGGGUCUUCGUGCUGCUGGCUUGCGGGACCACUUCCAGCACGUGCGGUCAGCUGGCCAGUUACCCACUGGCUCUGGUCCGGACCCGGAUGCAGGCUCAAGCGUCUCUGGAAGGCGGACCUCAGAUGAGCAUGUCGGGCCUCUUCAGGCACAUCGUUCGGACCGAAGGACCCACGGGUCUGUACCGAGGCCUCGCCCCGAACUUCAUGAAGGUCAUCCCAUCCGUCAGCAUCAGUUAUGUCGUUUACGAGUACCUGAAGAUCGCGCUGGGGGUCCAGUCCACGUGAGGGGCGGUACAGACAGAAACCAGGGAUCCAAAGGUCUGUCACCGGUUCCUCCAGCAGAGAAGACUGGAGGAGCAGAUCCUCAGAACCUGGAGACUGUUCCAGCAGAACUGGGAGGAGGUGGACGACUUGUGGCGAA